GACGUCACGCGCUGUCUGGCUCUCGCUACGCGUUUUGUGAGGAAAGAGAAGAGCGCUGGAGGAGGAAGAAGAAAAAACUGGCGGACAGGGGUCACGAACUAUGACCUUUCACAGAAGAAAAACAAUAACAAAUAUUUUUUUUAACACCUGAGAGCGAUAAAUCGUCGAAUUUUCCUGAGAGGUCGACCGUGUACAGAUCUUAGGGAUGAGCAGCUCUCCACAGAGAAUCCAGAUCAUUUCCACAGACUCGGCUGUUACAACUCCGCAACGCAUACAGAUUGUAACAGAUCAACAAACUGGGCAGAAGAUACAGAUUGUAACAACAGUGGAUCCAUCUGCGUCCUCUAAACAGCAGUUCAUAUUAACCACUCCAGAUGGAUCUGGUACUGGAAAGGUGAUAUUGGCAACACCAGAAAACACAAAUGCCAAGCAGCUCAUUUUUACAACAGAUAACAUUGUACCAGGCAGAAUUCAGAUUGUGACAGAUGCUGCCUCAGUGGAACGUUUACUGGGGAAAACUGAAGUAGGGAGGCCGCAGCCAGUAGAGUACUGUGUUGUGUGUGGUGAUAAGGCAUCAGGGCGUCAUUAUGGUGCUGUUAGCUGUGAGGGAUGUAAGGGGUUUUUUAAGAGAAGCGUAAGGAAGAACUUGACCUACAGUUGCCGUAGUAACCAGGACUAUGUCAAUAAGCACCACCGCAACCGCUAGUUCUGCAGGCUUAAGAAGUGCCUGGAAAUGGGCAUGAAAAUGGAAUCUGUGCAAAGUGAAAGAAAGCCAAUCGACUUGCCAAGAGAGAAGCCUGCAAACUGUGCUGCUUCAACAGAAAAAAUCUACAUAAGGAAAGACCUGAGAAGUCCUCUCAUAGCCACUCCGACAUUUAUAGCUGAGAAGGAUGGUUCAAGGUCCAGCCUCUUAGAUCCAGGCAUGUUGGUUAACAUUCAGCAGCCAUUAAUACAAGCAGAUGGAACACUACUUUUGGCUACCGAUACAAAGGUUGAAUCCAGUCAAGGAGAUCUGGGAACAUUAGCAAAUGUGGUUACUUCUCUAGCUAACCUUAAUGAAUCCCUUAACAAUGGAGAUGUCUCAGAAAUGCAGCAGGAGGACCAGUCUGCUAGCGAGAUAACACGUGCCUUUGACACUUUAGCAAAAGCCCUAAACCCCACAGAAAGCAGUUCUACUCAGAACCUUGCUGAAGGGACUGACUCGGCAGGUGGGACCAGCAUCCAGGUGAUCAGUCGAGACCAGUCAACUCCUAUCAUUGAAGUUGAAGGACCACUCCUCACAGAUACUCAUGUUAGUUUUAAGCUGACAAUGCCCAGCCCAAUGCCUGAAUACCUGAAUGUGCACUAUAUUUGUGAGUCUGCAUCCAGGCUUCUGUUUCUUUCCAUGCACUGGGCACGCUCCAUUCCAGCUUUCCAGGCACUUGGUCAGGAUUGUAACACAAGUCUUGUUCGAGCCUGCUGGAAUGAGCUCUUCACACUAGGGCUGGCUCAGUGUGCUCAGGUUAUGAGUCUAUCUACAAUUUUGGCAGCCAUUGUAAACCACCUUCAAAACAGCAUACAGGAGGACAAGCUGUCAGGUGAAAGGAUAAAGUUGGUGAUGGAGCACAUAUGGAAGGUUUACAAGAAUUUGUGUAACAGUAUGGCUAAACUUGAAAUUGAUGGAUAUGAAUAUGCAAACCUUAAAGCAAUUGUACUUUUCAGCCCUAGUCAGCCCUAGGUAUUAACAGUGACGAGUCAAGACGGAAAAAUUUCAGAGAGAAAGCACAGAUGGAAUGUACAGGAUUACAUACAAAAAACCUACCCAGAUGACACAUACAGGCUUGCACGUAUUCUCAUGCGUCUCCCAGCACUUCGUCUGAUGAGCUCCAGUAUAACAGAAGAACUUUUUUUUACUGGCCUUAUUGGGAAUGUUCCCAUUGACAGUAUAAUACCCUACAUUCUGAAAAUGGAAACGGCAGCAGAAUACAAUAGCCAGAUCACCGGUACAUCGGUGUAGCCCUGUCUCCUUCAGCAGGUGGCCUCUGGUUAAAGCUGGCUUCUAUUUCCUUAUCUGAUGCAAAGCAAAGGAAGAACUGCAAGAGAGCAGCAGGAUGCAAAGCAAAGGAAGAACUGCAACAGGGCAGCAAGACAAGCUCCAUAUUUCUGCUGUGACUGUGGUAGGACUGACCUACAGUAGUAGACAAAUACUAAGAUUAAACAAUCGCAAAUCUUUCAUUUAAUGAUAUUUUUUCUUUCUUUUUUUGCUGGACCAGCUUCUCCACCUACAUUAUAUGCUUAUGAAAGUGAGGAGCGAGCUAACAACUGUCAGGCUUUCAGAAGGCCUUCUUUGUUUGUUUUCUUGACAGCACUUAUUAAGGCAAAUAUUGGACUGGCAGAUACCUAUUGUAGUACUUAUACCUUUGUUGUCUUAUUUCUUUUUGUUAAAUGGUAAAAAAAUGUAAUUGUGUUGCUUACGAGUAAUAGGUUCACUUGGUACAACCUGCCCAUAUUUGUGUCUGUUUGACAGAAACAAAAUUGAACUGCUCCAAAAUUAGAAAUUGGCGGUAUUUUAUAAAAAAAGGGGGGGGGGGGUAAUUUGAACAAAGAUUUAUUAUCACCUUUGGGUGUUGUGAUAGUGCGCACUAUAACUGCACUAUUUCAAAUAAAAAGGUUAGAUGUUAAAUAUCUAUAUAUUUAUAAUGCUAUAGUCAUUCUGUGGUGGAAAAGAGGAAUAAGAAAUGCAAUAACAACAGGAGAGUAGAGCAAUCAAAAGUUCAGUAGGCUAGUCAGUCGGCCUGAUGGAGGAGUGUGUGCAAACCCAAUCUGAAAAUGAUCAUCAACUCCGCUGGUUUUCUUUCAUAGGUGUGCUGGAGUCACUGCGAAAGAACAUUAAUUAAAGAUCGGUGUGGUUAUGGUCAGCAGAGGAGAAAGACACAGCACUCUGCUUCAAGUGGUCUUUGAUCCUGACUGUCUGUCAUGCUGUCCAGCUUCUCUUGCCAACAUUAAUAGUAAGAAAGCACUUAACAAUGCUAAACUGGGGAACAUCUGAACAUAAAGAUGGACUGACCUGGCUGGUGUCCUUAUUUUUUAUUAUAUAUAAUAUAAACUAUACAGUAAUCCCCUGCCUAUUGCGGAAGUUAUGUUCUAGACCCACCCGCGAUAUAGAAAGACCACAUAUUUUUUUUUAUAGUUUAAGCCUUUAAAUACCCAUCCCACACGCUUUAAACACAUGUAAACUUAUUAAAACACACUUUGUAAACGCAUGAUAUGUGGAUGCCAGGCUAAGGAUACGAGUAACAUCUCUCUAUUAUAAAACAUUUUAACUUCACGCAAGACAAGGCAGUGAGACAGGAUAAGAGCUGCUGUAGAGAUGUUUAAAUGAUUGACACGCAGAGUGACAAGCUGAAAAACAAGCAGCACAGAGCUAGCACAAAGUCCACUUCUCCAAGACGAAGUGGCAGGAGCAUAGCGCACCUCCAGGGAAGGGGGAGGGGGUUUGAGCUAAGCGAUCGUGACAUUUGGCGGGGGUUCAACUGGAGACAUGGAGAGAAAGUUAAAAGUCCAUUGAAUCUGUGAGGCAGCAGUGCAAACCACAUAUUAAAAUAUGAGGGACCUUCAAAAAGUUUCCGCACUUUUUUAUUUUUGUUGGAAACGAUGCAGGCAGAAGGAGUAGUAAUUGGGCAUUAAAAAGUUGGUAUGACGCUGGCAAAAUUGCAUCGCAAAGGAAGGUGACUAUGUAGAAAGGUGAUGUAAAUUGUUUUGAAAUUCUUAAUAAAGUUAAAAAAGGUGCAGAAACUUUUUGAAUGUCCCUCGUAUAUUGUGUCAAUCAAUGAAUGGAACCAUUUCAAAACAUUAUUGGUCACUAAAUCCUAAAAAAAAAAAAAAAAAAAUUUGGAUCUUUAUAAGAGUAUAAUUCACUUUGUGUUUUCCUCUGGCCAAACGAGCCAAACAUUUUAAAAGGUUUUUCAACAAGAAAAAAAUGUAUGUGUAACAGACCCAAAACAUCAACAUAAAUACAGUAGGAAAGGCACGUCUAGUGUCCAGUGCUGUAGUGAUACUGAUUUAGUGCAUGUCCUUCAUGAGAUAUGUUUUGAGACGGUCAAAAAUGCAUCAUCUGACAGCUCAAUCAGGACAGUACAAGUGUGGUUCUUUUGCACACUUGCAUUUUUUUCUGUUGCUUACACACAAGAUUGUAGAAUAUCAGUGCCUGAUCCGCGUGAUGGACGUGUCCAUUGUGUUAAUGUAGACUACCACAACACAAGGCUUCCACAUUUCUCCCAACACAGUCACUGCAUUGUCAACAGUGCUUAGGGAGCAAAUGCCUUUCUUGUCUUUCCACGUGAUCAAAAUCAUUUUUCCUUUUUGCUAUGCUGAAGCUUCUUGUGUCUGAACUUCUAGACGUAUCAUGGCAGUUCAGUCAUACAGUUCCCCUAUUCAUAUCAAUGUCUGAUGACCAGUUCACAUCACCACCACUAUCGUUUGACUCAACUAAUUCUUCAUUUUCAGCUUCUUUUAAUACUGGCUUUACAUUUUUUUUCAUGUGUGUUGUGGUUGAAGGCUCUGCCCCACUCAUAAAUAAUGAUGAGUUACAAUUGCAUGGCAAAACACAUAGAAAUAUUUAUUUUAUUUACAGUGUGAUUUUAUUUUAUCCACUAGAUGGCAGCAGAAUUCUGUUCCAAGUGCUGUUUGGACUUAACAUCGGACAUAUGAACAAUACAGCUUAACCCGAGAGACUCUCUGGCUUAGCCGUAUUUACAUAGAAUUCAGAACCCGAGAGACUCUUGGGUUUAACACUAAAGAGGUUAAUGAGUGUUUCAUUGGUACCUCAGCAUAUUAAAGAGUCCUGUCACUUCUACCUGUUGUGAUGAUUCUUUCUCAUAUGAUGGUUAAUUUCAUUUAUAAUUUCAGCACUGGUAAAAAAAUUUUCUCGUCACCUCAUGAAUAAACCCAGCAGUACUAGGUUUGAAUUUUCCAGUGAUGAAAGAUCCUGUGAAGGGUGGUAGGAGCUCCAAAAUAUAUUAUGUGAACGAGUGGCCCACACUUUGCAAAAAGUUAUAUUGGCUAGCACAGAUAGAAGCCAGUGACAUUAACUAAUAUACAGAGUUAAUUCUCAUCUUUCUUCUACAUUUCUUUGGAAUAAUUAUGCCAAUAAAUUUAGUAGUAACUAAGCUAUAGUAUUUUGAAAUGGUUCCUUUUUUGAUGGGCACAAGACCGUAUGGCACACUUACACACUCACUGGGGCCAAUUUACAGUGGCCAUAUAAUAAAGCUCUUCUGUCUUUGGGAUGUGAUAGGAAAACCGAAGGACCGUGCUAAAACUCAUGCAGACAGAGACCGGACACACGUUUGAAACUGAGAAGGCUGUACCCUUGGGGCAGCAGACUCACCUCUGUGCCAGUAUGCCACCCAUAAAUAUAACAUUCUCAGAUAUGUGCAGUCUAAUUCAUAGUCUCAGAGUCAGUAGGGAGCAGAGCCUACACCAGCAGUGUCAGGCACAAGGCAGGAAUCAGCCCUGGAUGAGAUACCAGUACAUCACAAGGCCCACUUGUGCUUACACCAGCACAGACAGGGCCAAGUUAAAAUCGCAAUUAAAGCAUACAUAUAUAUUAUAAAUAUUUUUUCUAUUAACAUACAUAAUUUAGAUGUGUGUGUGUGUGUGUGUGUUUGCAUUUUAAAACAAAGCAAAAGAUGAGGCUUAAGGUCGCGAUGAAUGUCCCAUUUAAUUCUGGUGUCAGAGGGGAGAAAAAGAAAAGAAAGCAGAAUUGUGCUAAACAAAUAAUCGGUCAUCUUUGAAAAAGAUCUUGAGAGGCUCAGAGCUCCGUGGUCCUCCAGAAGCUGUUCUGCAGUUGAGGUCCAGCUUCAGGUGGGUCUCUGGAUUAUAUACUGGCGUGACUUCGGCCCGGACGGAAGUGACCUUAUCAGUCCCUCCAAUUCUAAGGA